AUGGCGCCCAUCCCCGAGGUGCGGGUCGCGCUUCCUGGCGACGUUGUCCGGCGGUCUCCAAAGCGACCGGCGGAAGUGUUUGAAAGCCUGGUCCGAUUUCUGGACCUGAAAGGAGAGAUGGGUAACGACCAGACGGGCGACGCUCAGAUGAGCGUCCUGAGCGUCUUGAGCUCUCGUGAGCCGGAGCCGCUCGGCCCGGGCUCGGACGGCCGAUCUACCGACGAGCCGGGCUCGCCGGGCUGGCUCGAGGUGGACCUGAUGCUCGAGUUCGUCGUCUUCCGCUUGGUGGUCAGAGUCUUCGAUGCCCAGCUGACUGGGACCGGAACCGCCGGGACCCUCAUCUCCUUCAGGGACCUCCUUGGACAGGAUGCUCUUAGAUUCAACAAGCUCGUUCACCUGAUCGAGCAGGGGGCCCUGGCCGCGAAGGAGAAGGAAACACCGCGUGAGCACGAAGUCGACUUUGAAGAGGAGCCUUUAGAGCCUGGCUCGGGCUCGGAGCCUGAGACGACUGAGCAGACGCUGGAGGCAGUGCUGACGCUGAUGAGAAGUUGCUUAGAAUCCCAGAAGUCGGCCCCGGAUGCAGCACAGAUCUUGGCUUUCUGGGCGCACGACAGCCCACGAACUCGAUCCAAGAUCGCCCGAGCAGCCGCGCAGCAGAACGUUGUCCAAGCUCUGCGACAGAGCAAGCAGAAAGUCCUUCCGCACACAUAUCCCUUGCUCGCAGCUUUGCAACAGAGCACAUGCAUCACACCCGAAGAGUUCGCGGCUUUAAAACCGGAUGCCAUGCGAUCUGAUGCCACACCACUGGCUGGCCUUACGGGUAUCACUCGCGCGAAGCUCGGAGACCCGUACAGCCCUUGCGAAUCCGAGGAUCUCCCGAAAGCCCCAAGUGACGACGGCACGGGCACGGCAACUGCCUCACCAAGCUCUUCGCAAAGCUGCUCUCUUUCACAAAACCGGCGAUCUUGCAGUGACGUUCUGUCCAGCGACUAA